ACCACAUUCAGAUUCGUUGCUGUCAGCACGAGCGCCUAACCUCUCCCCAGAUCGUGUGUUUGUUUACUUUCCCUCGCGUUCAGAUGCGAGAACCAUUGACAAUCCACCAUGAAUGGAAGCAGAAUCUGGGUUGAUUUGUCUGCACUGUUUUCCUGCUCGCGCAAGCAAAGCUGCAUAUUCGUUGACCACGAAAAGUUUAGGACUGUGGGAGAUGUGGAGGAGCACAUUUGCCGGUUGUUCAGUCUGAAGCAAGCCAUCCACAUCCAGAAUGACGGCUGGCUGCUGCCCAGCUCUGAGAGCUCACUACUACUGCGUGAUAAUGAUAUAGUCAGUGUUGUCCCAGAAGACGCUCCUAAAAUUUCUCAAAUUAUCGAUAAAACUAAAGAUGCUCUUUCAGCACUCAAGAGCACGGAUCUGAAGGACUUGUGUAAACCCCCAUCUAAACCUGUUGUGUCUAAGACUGAUAUGGUACCCCCCAAAUCUGUCGUAACUAACGGCCAUGGUCCUGUAAUUGUGAAAGAUAAUGGAGCCACCAGCUUGAAGAGCAGCAUCAAAAAUCCAUUUGCUGUUGGUCAACCUCCAUCCCUUGAAGCAACAAAAAAUCCAGUUGUAGAGCAACCUGAGCAGAAUGGUGAGGCCAAUGAAACUUUAUCGACACCACCUGUGUUGGAAGGCAAUGAAACCGCAAGUGAAAUCGGUUCUGAAAGUAAAAAAAGAAAGAGAAUCCGAAGAAGAAAGAAGAAAUCUGCCACUGAUACCACUGUUGAUGAAAAUACAAAGGAGACCAAGCGAAGCCAAUAUAUUCAAAACAAGUUCCUUCAGAGUAUAAGUUACACACUGAGUACCGUAAUGGGUAACAAUACACCAGCAGAUGUUAACACAUCAUUGACAAGUAACAAGAAGAGGAAACAUAUUUUUUUUGAUGACCCAGAAGAAAAGGUUACAAAGAAAAUAUUGACAUUAGAAGACACAAAAGUUGUUGAGAGACCCCCUAUAGCAGAAGAACCAGAAGAUGUAAAGAUUUCUUCAACUGAAGAGCCAACGAGCAGUUCACAUCAAAAUGAUGAAAGUCAGAUCUUACCUUCCAUUUCUUCACCUGCCCUAGAUGAUGGUGCUCUGGGUCUAGCAAAGCUCAUGUCCUUGAGUAAACAGAAGUCCCCAGCUGUAUUUGAACGCAAAAAAGCAGAGAAGGUCAAAAUAAAUGAGGAAGACACCACUGUGAUCCCUCAACAGAAGACUAUAAAGCUAACUCCCUUAAAUGAUUUGCCUGUCAAAGAAACUAUUAUACAAUUUCAGAUUUUAAAAAUGUGUAACUACUCUCCAGUUGUCUCUGCACCAAUUAAAGCACGUGUCAUUUCACCUGAUGCAGCAAACAAACAAAUUUAUGUUCAAAUCCUAGAGGGACUUGAUGAACUUCAAACUGAGAAGGGAAAGUUCAGCUUGGAUCUUGACGAGUGUCUCAAUGAUGAUGUGUCUUCGGGUGAAUAUUUAUAUCUAGAUUGGCAGGAGUUACUUGAACCCAAAGCUGUUAAUUAUGUUUGAACUCUGAUGUGAGGUAAGCCAGUAAUACUGCCAGAAGAAAACAAAAUGAUUUUUUGUUAAAAUUUAUUCAUAAAAAUUGAGGUUUUAAAUCAGCUGAAAAUGAUAUAAUCUUUUGCUUCUACUAGUUUUAAAGAUGCAAGGUUCCUUUCAAAGUUGCCAGCUGUCAAAUCCUAGAACAAUCAUAUUCAAUAAAUUAUUUUUUUGUCUUGUUGACACACAUUUGUCAG